AUGAAGACUUUCGUUCCUGUUUUGGCCCUCGCCGCUGGCGUGUCGGCGACUUUCCACGGGGCCCCUCCCUUUUCAUUCCCGGGCAACACCGACAACAAGUGUACCGAUAAGCAGAAGCCUGGCUUCAGCUGGGACGACCUGGAUUUUGGUGACUUCUUCGACUACAAGGACUUCAACUUCCGCGGCUGGAAGUGCGAGGAUGACGGCGAGAAGAGGAGCCGGUUUGCUCCCCGCACCUUCGGGAAGGCCAUUAGUGGUACUUGCUCUUCGGACAAGCAGAAGUCGCCGUCCUUCGGUUGUGGUGCCGCCGUGGACAGGUUCUCGCUAGGUUCCAUCCACGUCAAGCCCGAGUUCGACUGCGAUCUCGAGUUCCACUAUGACAUGCCCGAUGGAUCGAGCUGCAAGCACCGCAGCCCCUGCAAGUCUUCUGGUACCACCGUCGUCAACCGCCAGUGCGGCGGUGCCAAGAACGUCACCAUCGUCUACCCCCCGCAGCCCAAGCUGCCGAAGCCCAGCUGCAGCAUCAGGGUGCCCACCAUCUCCUUCGACUGCGACUCUGCUUCCAGCACCAAGCCUCCCAAGACCAAGACGACCAAGACCGCCGAAACUGCCACUCCGCCUGCCGAGGCCACCACUACCUCCGAGGUCGAGCAGCCGUCAACCACCCCGCCUGCUGGCACCCCCCCUGCCGAGUCUAACACCCCUCCCGCGGAGUCCAACACUCCCCCCGCCGAGACCAACACUCCUCCCGCGGAGACCAACACUCCUCCUGCCGAGACCGACACCCCCCCUGCCGAGUCCAACACUCCUCCUGCGGAGACCAACACUCCUCCUGCUGAGACCGACACCCCGCCUGCCGAGUCCAACACCCCUCCUGCUGAGUCCAACACUCCUCCUGCGGAGACCAGCCCCGUCCCCGAGGUCAGCGCCACUAGCACAGUUGCGCCUGGCCAGCAGACCAGCGAUGUCAUCGUUCCUCCCCCGGUGACCAAGACCAUCACGACCAGCUACGACAGCACGUCGACCGUCUUCACCACCAGCAUUCAGACCAUCACCUCGUGCGAGCCUACCGUCCCCGACUGCCCGGCCAACUCGGUUGUCACCACCGUCGUCACUGUCGCUGUCUCGACCACCAUCUGCCCUGUCACCGAGACUCUGACCACCAUCGAGGGCCCUGCCUCCAGCGCCCAGCCGAGCGAGGGACCCAGCGAUGGACCUAGCGACGGACCUAGCGACGGACCUAGCGAUGGGCCUAGCCAGGGACCUAGCGAUGGGCCUAGCGAGGGACCCGGUGCCGAGCCCACUUCUCCUCCCGACGUUGCGACCACGUCCGCUCCUGUUGUCGACGGCACCACCAGCGCUGUCAGCUCGGUCUUGCCCGUUGAGACCCUCCCGUGCCCCAACGUCGUCCCGUCCUGCCUGAACACCUUCCUGUUCAACACGGGCUGCUCCGACAACACCGACACCGCCUGCUACUGCCCGGAUGCCACUUUCGUCAAGAACAUCUACGACUGCCUGUACGCCCACGGUGAGACCGACUCCAUCAUCGCCGAGGCCGUCGCCUACUUCCAGGGCAUCUGCGGCAAGUGGGUCAACGAGAACCCUGCCAUCGCCACCGACGCCACCGUCACCACCUACAUCACCGUGACCGCCCAGCCCACCGUCGCGCCCGUCUACACCACCGUCAUCGUUGACGUGACCACCGUCGUGCCCUGCACCGACGAUGCCGGCGAGGUCAUCCCGAGCUCCAGCACCACCGUCAUCGUCAGCACCAGCAUGACCGUGCCGCAGGUCGACUUCACUACCGGCUCCACCGGCGGCGUCGACAUGAUCCCCAUCACCGCCAUCCCGGCCAUCACCACCCCUCCCGCCGGCGGCCCCGACGGCCCCGGUGCCGUCAUCACCGCCAACGGCACCGCCAUCACCGUGCCCACCGGCACCGGCUCGCUCGUCCCCACCGGCACCAACACCGUCGUCAUCGGCGCCGGUGGCCGCGUCAGCGCCAGCUUCGGCCUCGCCGCCGCUGUUGCCUUUGCCGCUGCCAUUGCCCUUUAA